AUGUCAAGGUUCUUCCGCUGGUUUCGGACCGAGCGACUCCAGAACACGGGUUCGCUCGCCCGAGAUCUACUAGCAGGCGAGCGUACCUUCCUAGCCUGGACAAGGACAGGUCUCGGUUUCAUAGCUCUCGGCGUCGCUCUUGAGAAGGUGGAGGCUUUCGUAGCCAUCUCACCGACUUUACUUCGUCUGGAGAACAGCAACACGAAACUGGCAGCAGGUACAUUAGUUGGGACUGGAAGUCUUAUUGUCUUGCAUGGUACUAGCCGAUACUUUGGCAUGCUCAAGGAUCUUCAGGAAGGCUACUACCGACCGAAUAGGAUCGGGAUCAUGGGUCUGGCUAUGGUCAGCGUUGGCGUAGCGUUUGCUGGAACUCUCCUUGUGCUGGAGAACGAGGCCGAGAAAGACAAGGAGAAAGCUAAGGAUGAUGCGGUCCGGAUAGCUGCGUCCACCAAAGGACGUCCGUGA